ACUCGCCUUUUGACCCAGAGAGCGCUAAGAAGUUGGAACAUUUCACUGACGGAAAUUGGAAUUGUGGAGGCUACAAUAAACGGGCCUACAUAACUCAUCAGGAUUGGUAUUCCUUGGUUGUCAAGCAGCAUUGACAAGAUGGCCGCUGAUAGGCGUAUUGUCUACUGCCUGUUAUGUGAGAAGCCUCAUGAAAAUUUGUCAAGUCACCUUAAGAAGGCCUGUAUGAAGGACAACACAGAAGAAGAGCGUAACGCUGAGUUGACCAAGGCCAAAAUAUCCCAAAAAGAAUGGACGAGAGUGGGCAGACGUUGGGAGUACCAUGAGGUUGAUUCCUUAAUGAAUGAGGAAGAUCCCCUCCGUGCCCUCAUCGACCGGCUGAAAAGCAAGGGCUUCUUUAUAGUCAAAGACCCAUCGGAAAGCUCUCCAGCUGAGCAACGGCAGCUUCUGCAAGACGUCACUCCGUGGAUGCGCAGUAUGGUUGCCAAACUUAAGACUGGAGUGAACGUGGCAACAAACUACACGACACAGUUCCGAUACUUUUGUAUGGGCGUGUUGUCUGUGGUAUACAACAAAUCUUUGAAGAGUAUAGAGACUUUCAAAACUGCAGGUUGGGUUGAUAGACAGCAGACAUCAAGUGGUGUGACCAUCCAAUUCAGUGAUAAUUCAGUGGCCUGUACACUCAGAAAGGAAGAAGAAGAGUGGUUUGAGUUGUACUUUACCAAGAUACGGCCACUGGCUUUACUUAGACAAGAUGAAUAUAUGGACGACGAAGGCUGCUUCUUUCUAGGACAGAAUGGUGGUCCCAUUGCAAACACAAAAACAGAUUUACAACGUCUUUGUAAGUUGUAA